AUGUUGGUAGGAUUUCUCCUAGUUUGUGCGGUAACACAGGCAAGCUGUGCGGCGGGCUGCCAGACCUGCAACCCUGCCGACCAGACCUGCACGGCAUGCACCGACAGUUCUCACAACAUACAGGUCGACGGGAAGAGCUGUGCCGCAGAUUGCCCGCCGAACUCUGCCCCCAACCAGAAGGUGUGCGAGUGCGAGGGAGGAUACGGCCCGGUCGCCGGACAGAACAGGUGCGAACAGAAUCCUAGCGCAGGCUGUGCGGCGGGCUGCCAGACCUGCAACCCUGCCGACCAGACCUGCACGGCAUGCACCGACAGUUCUCACAACAUACAGGUCGACGGGAAGAGCUGUGCCGCAGAUUGCCCGCCGAACUCUGCCCCCAACCAGAAGGUGUGCGAGUGCGAGGGAGGAUACGGCCCGGUCGCCGGACAGAACAGGUGCGAACAGAAUCCUAGCGCAGGCUGUGCGGCGGGCUGCCAGACCUGCAACCCUGCCGACCAGACCUGCACGGCAUGCACCGACAGUUCUCACAACAUACAGGUCGACGGGAAGAGCUGUGCCGCAGAUUGCCCGCCGAACUCUGCCCCCAACCAGAAGGUGUGCGAGUGCGAGGGAGGAUACGGCCCGGUCGCCGGACAGAACAGGUGCGAACAGAAUCCUAGCGCAGGCUGUGCGGCGGGCUGCCAGACCUGCAACCCUGCCGACCAGACCUGCACGGCAUGCACCGACAGUUCUCACAACAUACAGGUCGACGGGAAGAGCUGUGCCGCAGAUUGCCCGCCGAACUCUGCCCCCAACCAGAAGGUGUGCGAGUGCGAGGGAGGAUACGGCCCGGUCGCCGGACAGAACAGGUGCGAACAGAAUCCUAGCGCAGGCUGUGCGGCGGGCUGCCAGACCUGCAACCCUGCCGACCAGACCUGCACGGCAUGCACCGACAGUUCUCACAACAUACAGGUCGACGGGAAGAGCUGUGCCGCAGAUUGCCCGCCGAACUCUGCCCCCAACCAGAAGGUGUGCGAGUGCGAGGGAGGAUACGGCCCGGUCGCCGGACAGAACAGGUGCGAACAGAAUCCUAGCGCAGGCUGUGCGGCGGGCUGCCAGACCUGCAACCCUGCCGACCAGACCUGCACGGCAUGCACCGACAGUUCUCACAACAUACAGGUCGACGGGAAGAGCUGUGCCGCAGAUUGCCCGCCGAACUCUGCCCCCAACCAGAAGGUGUGCGAGUGCGAGGGAGGAUACGGCCCGGUCGCCGGACAGAACAGGUGCGAACAGAAUCCUAGCGCAGGCUGUGCGGCGGGCUGCCAGACCUGCAACCCUGCCGACCAGACCUGCACGGCAUGCACCGACAGUUCUCACAACAUACAGGUCGACGGGAAGAGCUGUGCCGCAGAUUGCCCGCCGAACUCUGCCCCCAACCAGAAGGUGUGCGAGUGCGAGGGAGGAUACGGCCCGGUCGCCGGACAGAACAGGUGCGAACAGAAUCCUAGCGCAGGCUGUGCGGCGGGCUGCCAGACCUGCAACCCUGCCGACCAGACCUGCACGGCAUGCACCGACAGUUCUCACAACAUACAGGUCGACGGGAAGAGCUGUGCCGCAGAUUGCCCGCCGAACUCUGCCCCCAACCAGAAGGUGUGCGAGUGCGAGGGAGGAUACGGCCCGGUCGCCGGACAGAACAGGUGCGAACAGAAUCCUAGCGCAGGCUGUGCGGCGGGCUGCCAGACCUGCAACCCUGCCGACCAGACCUGCACGGCAUGCACCGACAGUUCUCACAACAUACAGGUCGACGGGAAGAGCUGUGCCGCAGAUUGCCCGCCGAACUCUGCCCCCAACCAGAAGGUGUGCGAGUGCGAGGGAGGAUACGGCCCGGUCGCCGGACAGAACAGGUGCGAACAGAAUCCUAGCGCAGGCUGUGCGGCGGGCUGCCAGACCUGCAACCCUGCCGACCAGACCUGCACGGCAUGCACCGACAGUUCUCACAACAUACAGGUCGACGGGAAGAGCUGUGCCGCAGAUUGCCCGCCGAACUCUGCCCCCAACCAGAAGGUGUGCGAGUGCGAGGGAGGAUACGGCCCGGUCGCCGGACAGAACAGGUGCGAACAGAAUCCUAGCGCAGGCUGUGCGGCGGGCUGCCAGACCUGCAACCCUGCCGACCAGACCUGCACGGCAUGCACCGACAGUUCUCACAACAUACAGGUCGACGGGAAGAGCUGUGCCGCAGAUUGCCCGCCGAACUCUGCCCCCAACCAGAAGGUGUGCGAGUGCGAGGGAGGAUACGGCCCGGUCGCCGGACAGAACAGGUGCGAACAGAAUCCUAGCGCAGGCUGUGCGGCGGGCUGCCAGACCUGCAACCCUGCCGACCAGACCUGCACGGCAUGCACCGACAGUUCUCACAACAUACAGGUCGACGGGAAGAGCUGUGCCGCAGAUUGCCCGCCGAACUCUGCCCCCAACCAGAAGGUGUGCGAGUGCGAGGGAGGAUACGGCCCGGUCGCCGGACAGAACAGGUGCGAACAGAAUCCUAGCGCAGGCUGUGCGGCGGGCUGCCAGACCUGCAACCCUGCCGACCAGACCUGCACGGCAUGCACCGACAGUUCUCACAACAUACAGGUCGACGGGAAGAGCUGUGCCGCAGAUUGCCCGCCGAACUCUGCCCCCAACCAGAAGGUGUGCGAGUGCGAGGGAGGAUACGGCCCGGUCGCCGGACAGAACAGGUGCGAACAGAAUCCUAGCGCAGGCUGUGCGGCGGGCUGCCAGACCUGCAACCCUGCCGACCAGACCUGCACGGCAUGCACCGACAGUUCUCACAACAUACAGGUCGACGGGAAGAGCUGUGCCGCAGAUUGCCCGCCGAACUCUGCCCCCAACCAGAAGGUGUGCGAGUGCGAGGGAGGAUACGGCCCGGUCGCCGGACAGAACAGGUGCGAACAGAAUCCUAGCGCAGGCUGUGCGGCGGGCUGCCAGACCUGCAACCCUGCCGACCAGACCUGCACGGCAUGCACCGACAGUUCUCACAACAUACAGGUCGACGGGAAGAGCUGUGCCGCAGAUUGCCCGCCGAACUCUGCCCCCAACCAGAAGGUGUGCGAGUGCGAGGGAGGAUACGGCCCGGUCGCCGGACAGAACAGGUGCGAACAGAAUCCUAGCGCAGGCUGUGCGGCGGGCUGCCAGACCUGCAACCCUGCCGACCAGACCUGCACGGCAUGCACCGACAGUUCUCACAACAUACAGGUCGACGGGAAGAGCUGUGCCGCAGAUUGCCCGCCGAACUCUGCCCCCAACCAGAAGGUGUGCGAGUGCGAGGGAGGAUACGGCCCGGUCGCCGGACAGAACAGGUGCGAACAGAAUCCUAGCGCAGGCUGUGCGGCGGGCUGCCAGACCUGCAACCCUGCCGACCAGACCUGCACGGCAUGCACCGACAGUUCUCACAACAUACAGGUCGACGGGAAGAGCUGUGCCGCAGAUUGCCCGCCGAACUCUGCCCCCAACCAGAAGGUGUGCGAGUGCGAGGGAGGAUACGGCCCGGUCGCCGGACAGAACAGGUGCGAACAGAAUCCUAGCGCAGGCUGUGCGGCGGGCUGCCAGACCUGCAACCCUGCCGACCAGACCUGCACGGCAUGCACCGACAGUUCUCACAACAUACAGGUCGACGGGAAGAGCUGUGCCGCAGAUUGCCCGCCGAACUCUGCCCCCAACCAGAAGGUGUGCGAGUGCGAGGGAGGAUACGGCCCGGUCGCCGGACAGAACAGGUGCGAACAGAAUCCUAGCGCAGGCUGUGCGGCGGGCUGCCAGACCUGCAACCCUGCCGACCAGACCUGCACGGCAUGCACCGACAGUUCUCACAACAUACAGGUCGACGGGAAGAGCUGUGCCGCAGAUUGCCCGCCGAACUCUGCCCCCAACCAGAAGGUGUGCGAGUGCGAGGGAGGAUACGGCCCGGUCGCCGGACAGAACAGGUGCGAACAGAAUCCUAGCGCAGGCUGUGCGGCGGGCUGCCAGACCUGCAACCCUGCCGACCAGACCUGCACGGCAUGCACCGACAGUUCUCACAACAUACAGGUCGACGGGAAGAGCUGUGCCGCAGAUUGCCCGCCGAACUCUGCCCCCAACCAGAAGGUGUGCGAGUGCGAGGGAGGAUACGGCCCGGUCGCCGGACAGAACAGGUGCAUAUCUUCUAGCGUCAACAAGAGCGGCCUUUCCACGGGCGCCAUAGCUGGCAUCGCUGUGGCCGCUGUCAUCGUCGUCGGGGGCCUCGUCGGCUUCCUCUGCUGGUGGUUCCUCUGCCGGGGCAAAGCGUAG